CUCAUUCUUUCACGACAAUCCUCCCACACACUGCCCAGAAUGUCUGACUCCGACCUCGAGGCGAUCCGCCAGGCCCGCUUGCAACAACUCCAGUCCCAACAAUCAUCCGCGCCCAGCGGCGGCGGAGGAAACGCGUCACAAGAAGACCAACAAAAAGCCGCUGCCGCCGAGCAAAAAGCCUCCAUCCUCGGUCAAAUCCUGGAACCCUUCGCCGCAGAUCGGUUAGGACGAAUCCGAAUGGUGAAUGCGCAACGAGCAGAGGAUGUGGAGAACCGACUGAUUAUGCUUGCGCGGAGUGGACAGUUGAGACAGAGGGUUACGGAGGAGCAAUUGAAAGAUAUCUUGGGCGCGGUCGCCAAGCAGACGGAAGAGAGAGGCGGAGAUGCGGGUGUGGGCAAAGUGGUAGUGCAGAGAAGAAAGGGAGGCUGGGAUGACGAUGAUUUGGAUGACUUGUUGGGGGAGGAUUGAGAUGGCUAGGCUGGAGGAGGAAAGACGGCGCAGCGGACUCGUAGGAGGCAUAUGGGUCUUGAGAAAGGGCGUCGCGAAAGCUACAUGGCGCACGAUAGCAAGGCUCAAAGCAGCAUCCAUGAGCCCGGGAGCAUGUCCAUCCAUCCAUCCAGCCAGCCAGCCAGCCUAUAUAACUAGGCAAGGAGACGCGAGACACGAGAGCACGAUUCCUGCACAGCCGGAAAGGUUCUAUUCCGAUCAGCGUCAACGAAAGCCCUUUCUACUCUUGAUCAAGCCACGCAUCCAACGCCUCCGCAAUUUGCAUCCACCUGAACCUCAACCAAGACACUGCUCCUGCCUCGCUGCUACCCUCAACAAUAUCCAUCUCCAGCUUCUCAAGUUCCUCGAGCUUCCUUUCGACCUGGCUACGAUACCCUUGCAGUCUCGGCCUCAACCACGCCGCUACUUUCGCAGAAUGAUCCGAGGUCAUGUCCUCCCCAUUCAACAUGAAGUAUUCCCAUUCAUUCGCAGUGAGUAGCUCGGCUCGGAUCGCGACUUGAGUUUUGAAACAGAGUUCCGCCUGUUGUCGCUGUGCGGAAGGCGGCAAGAGGGCGUAGGAUCCUAGCAUUCCAACAUCUUGGAGUUGAGAUUUUGUGUUGGCGCUCAUAGCUGGAAGAAGGAUGUGGUCGAGACGGAUGUCGUCAUCUGAUGGCUCGUUGGGCUUGUAUGAAAGGCAGAAGCCGUAGUGGACGAGUAACUUGUCGUUCGGAUGGGAUCCAUACGUUGCAAGGAUUUCCGUAUUGGGUUAGCGAUGAUGCAAAGACGUGAUAGGGCGAAUACAUACCAUAGUCCCUAUCCGCCACAACCUCAUAUCCUUUCGGCGACUGACUCACCUUCACGCCCGUCCCCGUGGGUCCAUGGUUCAUGUAAUCGAUAAAAGGACAGAGAACCAUAAAGCCUGGUUUGAGUCCAGGUGGUUUGAAGUGGAAACAUCGACUAUUCACAAUCGCCCAAUAAUACUUGAAGUCUUCCUCCUUCCAAGUUUGAUCAUCACAAUUCAGACUCAACAUGUACGUAAGAUCUUUCUCGUAGUCCUCACGCAUUCUCUCCAGAGGCUGUUUCACAGACUCGGGCAGGUGAUGGCAUAACUCAGGGGACCAGAACAGAGGCAUACCCGAUUCGAAGUCUGAGAGGGUUGGCCAUGUUUUCUUCCAGGUUAGGUAGGGGGAAGAAGGGGAGAGGCAUUCGGACAUGAUGCUUAUUGCUAGAUGUGCUUGAGGGGAGGGAGAAGGCGAAGGCGAAGGCGAAGGUUUUUUCGUGUGCGAUUCGGCGGUUUUGGGCGUGAACAUUGCGUUUUUCGGAACGAAUAUGAUCUGGUCAUCUUUUGAGAUCUUGGCGGUUGUGAGGAGGC